GAGCAUUAACUCAUUUCCAAGUCAAAUUUAUUGCCCGCCAGGAUGCCAGACCUGUGGAAUUUCGAGUGCUCUUUUAAGCUGUGCGACUCGGCUAUUGUUAGUUCUUGAAUACGAGGUUGGAACGAGUACAUGUACAGAGCACUAGGUCUUACUUCAAAUAGAGUUCACUCGUUACUCGGAUUUAAUAACUAAUUUAAUAACUAUAAAUCAAGCAAAGUUUUAAAAGUUGUCAAUAGGAAUAUCUAGUUUGCAUCGACUACGACACUUUGCACGAGUUCGCUUCUGAAAAUAACAAAAUGUCGAAUCCGACGUUUGCCCUUUGGAGGUGCUGUCUUACCGGUGAAACCAAGCCAAAGCCCAAGAAAAAACCCACUGAUGAAAAGAAGCAAAAUGGUGGCGUCGAAAUCGCCCACGAAGCGAAGCAAGAUGAUUGCUAUGUAGAAAACAAAGAUAUCGAAUAUUCAAAAGCCGAUGAUCCUACGACUCCAAACGAGGACCGCGGAAGUCACGAUGGUGUUGAAAGUGGUUACGAUAACUCUGAAUUAGAUAGCUCUGCUGCACCGUCUGAGGUUGACGCCGGGCCGAUGGAGCCCUCCACGAUGACAAUCGUCCAAAAAGGCUCCAGUGGGGGUGUAUCUUCCACAGAAAUCGGGGCUGGAGGAAGACUUCACUUGAAGUUCAGCUUAAAUAACAACAAAUUGAGCGUCAAGAUAUCUUCCAUCCAAUUUGCACCUCACCAAAAAUGGAAAAAUGAAGAUCUUGAAGUGAGUUGCAUGUUGUUGCCAGUCCACAAGCAGAGCUUCCGGCGCCGAGCUACGCGAUUAGGAGAAACAAUCGUUAUCCAGAUUCCGCCAAGAGACAAAACUCCGUCUUCGCUACGAUUCCGUUUGUAUGAUCACAAGACCAUCACCAAGAAGUACUUGAUCGGACAGGGGGUGGUACACGUGGAAGACUUGAAGCUAGAAGCCGAAGAAGUAACAAUAAUGCUCGAUAUGACCUCACCGAACACUUACGGCAUCGACAACCGCUAUAUCAGCGGCAUCAAACCAGCGCAAGACUCGAUCACCGAGGACCCGAUACCAGAGAUCCUCCUCUCUCUGGAAUACCGCGGCUUGACCAGAAAGCUCGUUGCCGAAGUAGUAAAGACCAGGAACCUUGGAUUAUGGACUGAGUCCAAGCCUUGUGACCUGUACGUGGACUUGACGCUGAAAGAUAAAGACCGUCGAGUGCUAAGGGUCUGCCGCACGAGCGUAAAACGACACGUUAUCGACAUCGAAAACAACGAGAUGUUCAUGUUCCGACUGAACAACGAGCGCAUGAAGGAGGUGACACUCAUCUUCUCGGUGGUUCGGGUCUCGGAUGUGCGCAAGAAGGAGGAAGUGCUGGGGUCGUGCGCGUUCGGCCGGGACACGAGUGGGCAACAACAGGCUGAACACUGGGACAACAUGCUGAAGGAUGAGGCACGGGUCGAGUACAGAUGGCACACGCUCUACAAGUGAGAACAUGUAUGGACGAGCACGCAAACAAUUAAUGAGCGAAUCAACCAUGCAAUGGGAUAUUUUUAGCUUCAUAGACUAAGUUAACUAUACAUUCUACAAGUGUUGACAUGAAACACCAACUUCGAUAUCCUAGACGGAAUUCAAACGAAUCGAUGAAACAUUGGCUGUGUCAGCUUAUUAUCUUGCCGGCAUUUUGUUGUGGUGGUGCAGACUCCAUUUUUAUGCAUAUGUCUUUUUCUGGACUCCUCCUCUGGGGUUUCGUUCAGAGUCAGUAGUUUAAACGCUUUCUCUUACGAUUGGGUGAUCGUACUGGAAAGGCCACACUUCCAAAUUUAGGAAGAAUAAGGACACGUCAUUAUCAAGAGAGUGUGACUCUGAUUUGUAUAUAUAUCUCAUGGGGCUUUUUAUAUAGAAGUUUUGCAUAAGCAACUUUAGUAUUCUUUUAUGCGUCAUCACUUGUCAAGACUUUUCUUUGCGAGCGAAUAAUUAUUUUAAUCUAGUAGUUCUUAUGGAUGAUUGCGAGGUCGAUCAAGGAACAGUGCUCUUGGCCCUCCUUUUUUUUAGGUACCCCGGGUCUUACCUGGUGGUCAUCACAGGGAACUAGAGGGCGUAGUGGUAUAGAGUGGUUUCAAUUAAUCCGUGAAACAGUAAGUGGCAUGCUACAUGUUUACAUAUAGUUUCGCCCCAUGACAGGUUCUCCAAUAGGGUUCUGGAUUCCGGAUCCUAGUGUGUGGAUUCCGGAUUCCAUGUGGGUUUUUUCUCGUGGAUUCCGGAUUCCAGCAGCAUGGAUUCCGGAUUCCAUAUCUCAUUUUUUCAUGGAUUCCGGAUUCCAUAUCUCAUUUUUUCAUGGAUUUCGGAUUCCAUAUCUCAUUUUUUCAUGGAUUUCGGAUUCCAUAUCUCAUUUUUUCAUGGAUUCCGGAUUCCGGAUUACCUGUCAUGGGGCGAUAUAGUUAUACUAGUAAAAUAUUUUGUUCUCUAUUGUUUUGUUUUGUACAUCACGCACUGUUACACAACAACUAUUAGUUAGUAUUUCACAGAUUAAUUAAAACCACUCUACCGAAUGAAAAUUAAACUGUCAUGCUAAGUUAAAACGUCGUAUUAUCCAAAAGCCGUAUUCAAUGCAAAUGAAGAUGAAACAAUCGACUUGAUUCUUUUGCAUGCAUUUGAAUUGAAUACAGCUCAUGGAUAAUACUACGUUUGAACGAAGCCUAUUGCGGCGUGUUUACACCAUUCAUACAUAACGUUCUCGUUAUCUUUUUAAAUUUUUAUUAUAUAAUAUACUUUUUUAGGACAAAAUCUGUUUUGAGACGCCAGAAGCAGUAUUCUCUGUACCCCCAGUAUAUGGUAGUCGCUUAUUUAGAGAGCUUUUUUGUGUAAUAUUAAACAAACAUUAUGGUGACACCAUUUAUUCAACACCAUUUAUUGAUCUAAAACUUAUAAAACAUGAUAAAUGACAAAUUCCGAAAUUCUGAAAGACUAUGCCGAAAAGUGUAGACAAAGCGGAGAAUUAUUUAAAACAUACUAGAUUAAGGUAAAAUGGGGAUCUUGUAUCUUUGGGAUAUUUAUUCUUUAAUAAAACUCAAAAAAAGGGCA